AAAGAUAACAGUUUAUUCUCGCAUGUGGGAAUUUAUGAAUUCUCGGAAACACGUAUUUGUCCAAUCCUAUGAGGAAGGAAUACGCAGAGUCCGGGAGUCCAAAGGGAAAUACGCUUUCCUCAUGGAGUCCACUAAGAACGACUACAUCAACGAAAGACAACCUUGUGAUACCAUGAAGGUCGGUCGUAACUUAGAUGCAAAAGGGUACGGCGUAGCUACUCCUUUGGGCUCGAACAUUAGGGAUCUUUUAAAUCUUGCUGUUCUUUCAAUGAAGGAAAAAGGGGACUUGGCAAGAUUGGAAAAUAAAUGGUGGUAUGAUAGAAGUGAAUGUAGAAAUUCAGACAGUAAAGAAUCUACACAAAAUGAGCUGACAUUGAGCAACGUUGCUGGUUGUUUUUACAUUCUCAUUGGUGGAUUAAUAUUAGCAAUGGUUGUUGCACUCAUCGAAUUCUGUUAUAAAGCCAGACUGGAAGCAAAAAGGGCAAAAGUAAGCAUGCUUGAUGCUAUGAAGACAAAAGUACGUUUGUCGAUUUCCGGUGAUCCAGAUAGAGAUAACGGAAGGGUACGGACUGGCUCUGUAUAAUUGAAUCCUUCUGUUUUGGAGAGAGUCACUCCUACUGAUGGCCUAACGGAGCAACUACAUCCAAACGAACAUACAGACGUUUGAAGCAAUAUAUUAGCAUACAUUACGUCCAUGAUACGAAAAAUAUAGAGUCAGUAAUUCAAAGGCUAUUCUGAAUGCUCGAAGCUCGAGACAAUGUAGGACUUUAAAGCAAUACUGGAAAGAGCUAGAACAUCUAGAAAUUUUACCAGCAAUAUUUUUGGUCUUAUUGAAGAGUUCAGAAAGUAAAUUAAUAUGGUCUAGCAUGGAAUUUAGAACGAUGAUAGAAAGAUAUAUAAAUACAUAUAUAAAAACAUAGAAUUAUUUUGAAAUCUUCUUAAGUAGACAGAAGAAGCUCGUAAAAUGAUGAAAUUUGUCUUGGAAUCUUUGCUUUUUGAAGAAAUAGAAAAAUAGAACCAUUGUAAAAUGUAAUCUGGAAAACAAAACAUUGUAUUUAAAAUGUUGUUAAGUCAUUACUUAUAUAUUUAUAUAUUGUUGCUCUCUAUUCAGCUGUUGAAAGGAUUUCAUAAAAGUUACGGAGAAAAAUCUCACUGUUUUAAAUUUUAAAAAUAGUUUUUAAUUUCUUCGUAAAUAGUUUUCUCUUUUGUCGUACUUUGAUAUUACUUUUGAGGGAUUAAGUCAGCGACAGAGAAGAAAAUUAUAAUACUCAAACUUUCUAUUAUGAAUGCUCAGUUAUUGUAAAUAAUGUCAAAAUUUUAUUAGAACAUUCCAUGAAAAAAUUAUUUAUUUUUUCAAGCAAAUAUUUCCUUGCUUAUGAACUAUUUUAUAGGUUCUAUGUUAAUAGAUGUUUUAUAUUUAAUUUUUUAAUCGUUUAUUAUAAGUGUAUUUUAUACAUAAAAUUCCUUUUUAUGCAUUAUAUACCCACAUUUUUCCUCGUAAUUUUUUUGUACUCAGUAAAUAAGUCACCUGUGUAGAAUAAUAUUCAAGGAUAUGAUCUUCAUGUGAAUAUUUAUGUUGAAAUUAAUUGUUGUAAUUUAAAAUUGAAAGUAUUAUUGUUUUAAAACAAAUCACUAUGGUAAAUUGAUAUUGUUAUUUAUUAAGUCUCAAAGUUAGUCUGUUUGAAUUUAUUCUUAUCAUUGUUUUGUCUUGCUGUAUUUCAAGAAAUUCUUUCCAAACAAUGAAAGUUUGAGUAAUAAAUGCAAAAAUGACUCGUUUUUCUUUAAAAAGUACUAUUAAAUGCUUCCUUUUAUUCAAAUGUAAAUUAUAACUUAAAUUUCUAAAAUUACAGAAAAAAUCAGAUGAAGUUUCUAAAACUAAAAUUAAGAAUGACUUUUUAGAGCAAACUAAGCAAUUGCAUAAAAUGUAUUUUAUAGCAAAUUUUUGUUUUUAAAAGAUAUUAUCAUUUAUUUAUUUCCAUUAUAUUGUGAAUUCUCAUGAAUCAUUAUGGAAAUAUAAAAUGAAACCAGUAUUGAAAUUUUUAUGAAUCUUCAUGGAAAUAUAAAAUGAAAUCAGUAUUGAACUUUUUAUGAAUCAUCAUGGAAAUAUAAAAUGAAAUCAAUAUUAAAAUUUUAUAAAUCAUUAUAAGAAAAUACAGAAUCAUUAUUACAAAUUAAAUCAGUAUUAUAAGUUUUAUGAAUUAUUAUGAUGAAAAUAUGGAAUUCAAUGUAUGAACUAUUAUAAUUCUAUCAUAUAAAUACUUAUGAAUCCUUAUCUUCAGCAGUUGUAUUAGUUAUAGUUUAACAGACAAUCCAUCUCAGAUUCAAAGUUUGUAAAUACUAUUCUUACAAAUCUUCUCUUAUAGGAAAAAAAAUAUUUCUAUUCAAAAAAUUUUAAGCGAUAAGUAUCUUUAGUCAAUAUUAGUUGAUAAUUGCAUACGCAAAUAAACUGAUCAGGAAAACAUCAUACCUGAGCUUGAAAACGCUUCACAAUAAGUUUAAUGACAUAGAGUACUAGUACUAUCUUCGAAACUAACUAUAAAAUUUCCCACACAUAGAAAAAUUAAUUUUCAUUUCCCCAAUUAAAAUCUGUCUAAAAGAUGCAAUUAGUUUUGAAGGUGCACUUGUUAUUUAACGCAAAGUAUUUAGUAAUUUAAUUAUUUCUUAUCUUUUUUUAUAUUUAAGAGCUAUGCUUUUGUAUAUGCUUUGCAUUAAAGCUUGAAAUAUCUGAUGAAAAUUCUCAUUUAGAAAAUAAUAACAUUUCUUUGUAAAAAUAGUAAAAUUGUUCAUAAAAUAAUUACUCUACUUACCCAAGGAAAAAGAAGAACUGUACAGCAAAUAGUCAUUAUGGAACUAAGCUAUAAUUAGUUCAUGAAUGAAUUUUAUUUGAAUAUACAUUCUUUAUAUGUGAGAAUUAAAACUGUUUUUAUUAAUUUGAGUUUUAUGCUUUAAUCAAUUGUUAUAUUUUUUGUAAAUACAUUGUAAUAAUUUAAAAUAAAACAAUAUUUGAAUUAAAAUUAAUAAUUAAUUUAAUAAUUGAUGCCGAUGAUCCAGAUAAGUGUCAUUUUCAAAGUAGCUGUUAUUAGGGCAGGACGAAUAAAAAUUAGUAUCCAAACUAUUGUAUUAUAGGUUUGUUUGAAGGCAAUGAUAAUAAUUCAGUGUUUUAUUUUAUUCCCAACUGUCUAAUUAGAAAUAAAAAUCAUGCAAGCAUAUAAAUGUGAAUUAGUAAAUAAUAUAGUUAAAGUAAAUGCAAAAACAAUACUGUUACAUUAAGCAUGCUCAGACUGAUGAGAAAAAUUCUUUUUUUACACUGAUUAAUAAAUACCCCUAAAAAUGGCACUUACCUACUUCAUCCACUAAGCUUUUCAUCAUUUAUUAAUUUUAAAUUUUAUACUUAUCAAUAACUUUGAAAUAAUAAUUAUCAUUUAAUUUCAGAAAUUCUUAAAUUUGUGGAGGUCUUAUUUCUUAUCAUAAUCUUUAUUCUGGCAUAUACUUUUGCAAGUAUCAUUACUUUUUGCAUAAAACGGCAAGUUUACAAAAAAAAAAUUAAAACAAAAUGCUUUAUGUCGCUAAAAAGUUUGAACAUAAGAACCCACUAGUUUGCAUUAUGUGUUGAACGAUAAGUAUUCUCUUAAAUGUACUAUAAACCUUUUUGUUGAAAAAUACUUUCCGAAACUUCUAAAUGUGUUAUAACCUUCUAUGUUAAAAAUUUUUUUAACGUAUUUAAUGUUUAUUUAAUUUCUAUUAUUGAUUGAUUGAUUAAAAAA